AGUUGGAAGGCGGAGAGUCAACGAGAGAAGAGACAUUCGAGAUCAUUUCCUCAUCGGACUAAUGAGACAAAGCUGCAGGUUUCAUGUCUGAAUCGAACAAAGGAAGGACAGAAAGGAAAAUGAGGAAGACGUUUGCUUGUGAUGAAUCGAUGAUCAUCACCAUUCCAAUCGGGAGCCUGAAGACCAUUCAGGAGGGUCAGCUGAUGCCGGAGAACUUCCACUGUGUGUUCAGGGAUAACUACAAGGUGUUUGCUGUCAGAGGAAAGCCGAAACCACUCGGGGCAGCUCAAGCAAUUGGUGGUGUGUUUAUGGUCUCACUUGGAGUGAUUUACCAAGAGCCACUUAUCACCAUCUUCUGCAUUGUUUCAUGUGUUCUGUUUUUGAUCUCUGGCAUGCUGUCCUUUGCUGCAGGAACAUGUCCAAACAUGCAUGUGACCAAACUGUUCUUCUCCCUGAACAUCAUCGGCUUCUUCUGGUCAUUGGUGACUUUUUCUAUCUUCAUGAACAUCAUUCAGGUAAAAUCCAAAAUCAGCAUUUUCCAUCCAUUAAGGCCUGGGAUUAUAGGCCUGAUCAUGACUCUGCUGGUCUUUGAAUGCAUGAUGGCGGUCUUCUUGAUCUACUGGUUGAGUAAAGCUGUAUGCAGAGAACAUUUCAACACCUUGCCCAUCAUCAUGCUGAAGCGGGAGGACUGAAUGAAGAACACAGAGCAGAGCAAGAAAUGAUCAGCUCCUGACCACGUUUUCAUUUUACACCAUUACAAUUCAACAUUAUUUUAGCAAUUUUUGCUGCUUUGCUAAAAAGGCAAACAAUGUGGAAGUCUGUUUAAAAGCACACAAAUAGAACUUUCAUAUUUAAAAUACAUCACUGCUGUAAUUUAAAUAGCUUACUUGUUCUGUACAGUUCCUUUUAUUUUAACACAUACAGGCUUGUUUGUGUUAUCACAUUAGAA